AUGGCCCAGAAGCGUCCUUCCUGCACCCUGGAGCCUGAACAGAUCCAACAGCUCCUGCUCUCCUGCCAGGAGGCCAAGAAAUCCGCCUACUGUCCCUACAGCAACUUCCGCGUGGGGGCCGCCCUUCUCACCCGAGACGGAAGGAUCUUUUCUGGAUGCAACGUGGAAAAUGCUUGCUAUUCCCUGGGCAACUGUGCUGAGCGCACCGCCAUCCAAAAAGCCAUCUCGGAAGGAUACAAAGAUUUCCAGGCAAUAGCGGUUGCCAGUGACAUGAAGGAUGACUUUAUCUCGCCAUGUGGGGCCUGCAGGCAAGUGAUGAGAGAGUUUGGCACCAAGUGGGCUGUCUAUAUGACAAAGCCAGAUGGCACAUAUGUCACCAAGACAGUCGAGGAGCUGCUGCCAGCCUCCUUUGGGCCCCAGGACCUACAGAAUGUCCAGUGAAGACCAGAAGAUAUCCGCUCAUCCAUGCUUAAGAGGAAAGCCACCCGAAGAACUUCAUAAGGCAUGGUCACAGAUCCAAGGACACUCCCUGUGAGCCCUACCCUAUGAGGGUGGAGCAGAGAAAACUUCCAAAUGAAAU